CUGCAUCUGAGUGUAGGAGAGCGAGAGGCUUGAACUUCCUGUGCAAUCUCAGUUCACCCGUUAUACAUAUACAGGACGAUUUUUGGAGCUGCAAAGUGAGAGGGGAGUGUUUGGUCAUUUAAAGAGAAAUUCCCCCGUACAUAAACUGUAAAUGCGGAUUGUUUACAUCAGUCGGUCGAGUCGGAGAAGCCAUUCCUUCUUUCCCUCCUCCCUUCGCACACUGUGGCGGUGGCGCGACUCCCCCUCACCGCAGAUAGUGUCAGUGGAGCUGGCCAUGGGGCCCUGAUACAGCCCGGGCCCUGACUGAGGUUCUGCGUUGCAUCAGAAAAGGAACAAUUAUUGAUGCACGAUUCACUUCCCUGACUACUGCAUCAACCAAGAGUGACUACUACUACAAGAGGAAAGAUAGAAGAUUUUGAACUGCAAUAUUAUUUCAAGAUAAUUGCAUGAUCUGAUAUUCGAGGGAGUGUGUUGAUGUGCUGACCAAAUUGAUCGAGAUUAUUAUGGCUGUUCUAAAACUCGUCGAACAGCCUCCUCUGGUCCAGGCCGUCUUCAAUGGAGACCCUGAGGAGAUACGCAUGCUCAUCUACAAAUCGGAAGACAUCAACGCUCUGGAUGCAGAGAAGCGCACCCCGCUCCAUGCUGCAGCCUUCCUGGGUGAUGCUGAGAUCACUGAGCUUCUUAUCCUCUCCGGGGCGCGGGUCAACGCCAAAGACAGUAUGUGGCUCACCCCUCUCCACCGUGCGGUGGCAUCCUGUAGCGAGGAGGUGGUUCGUGUGCUGAUCCGUCACUCUGCUGAUGUGAACGCGCGGGAUAAGAACUGGCAGACGCCGCUUCACGUUGCCGCUGCCAACAAGGCCCUGCGCUGCGCUGAGGUCAUCAUCCCGCUGCUGAGCAGCGUCAACGUGUCGGACCGCGGGGGGCGCACUGCCCUGCAUCACGCCGCCCUCAACGGGAACACCGAGAUGGUUAACCUGCUGCUGGCUAAGGGAGCCAACAUCAAUGCCUUCGAUAAGAAAGAUGGCCGCGCGUUGCACUGGGCGGCUUAUAUGGGACAUCUGGAUGUAGUGUGUCUGCUUGUCAGCCAGGGGGCAGAGGUCAGCUGUAAGGACAAGCGGGGUUACACCCCCCUACACACGGCCGCUUCUAAUGGUCAGAUCGCUGUGGUCAAACACCUGCUCAACCUGGCUGUGGAGAUAGAUGAGACCAAUGUGUUUGGUAACACGGCUCUGCACUUGGCCUGUUUCAACGGUCAGGAUGCUGUGGUCAGUGAGCUGAUAGACUACGGAGCUAACGUCAGCCAGCCCAACAACAAGGGUUUCACCCCGCUGCACUUCGCUGCAGCCUCCACCCACGGAGCCCUCUGUCUGGAGUUCCUGGUCAACAACGGGGCUGACGUCAACGUCCAGAGUCGGGAUGGGAAGAGCCCCCUCCACAUGACAGCAGUCCACGGCCGCUUCACUCGCUCCCAGACACUCAUCCAGAAUGGUGGGGAGAUUGACAGUGUGGACAAGGAAGGGAACACUCCUCUUCACAUUGCUGCUCGCUAUGGUCACGAGCUCCUCAUUAACACACUCAUCACCAGCGGAGCUGACUGCACUAGACGAGGGGUCCAUGGUAUGUUUCCUCUGCACCUGGCUGCUAUGAAUGCCCACUCAGACUGCUGCCAGAAGCUGCUCUCCUCAGGCUUCCAGAUCGACACCCCUGAUGCACUGGGGAGGACCUGUCUCUCUUUCGCUGUCUCUCUUAAUGUGGAGUGUGUGAAGUUGCUUCUGAGCAGCGGUGGGGACCACAACCGGAGGGACAAGUGUGGCAGGACCUCUCUCCACUAUGCAGCAGCCAGUCGUCACUACCAGUGCCUGGAGACCCUUGUGUCGUGUGGGACCUGCAUUAAUGCCACUGACCAGUGGGGGCGCUCUGCUCUGCACUACGCUGCUGCCUCCGACCUGGACAGAAGGCGACGUCAGGCUCUGGAGCCAGAGAGUGAAGGGGUGCAGGCAGAGAAGGAGAAAGAGGCUGCACUAUGUCUAGAAUUCCUUUUGCAAAGUGGUGCUACUGCCUCUCUGAAGGAUAAGCAGGGCUACAGUCCUGUCCACUAUGCUGCAGCCUAUGGCCACAGACACUGCCUGGAGCUGCUGUUGGACAGAGACGAGAGUCACCAGGAGCCCCCAGACCUUCUGGGUGCCAGGAGCCCCCUGCACCUCGCUGCAUACCACGGCCAUGCACAGGCUCUGGAGGUGUUGCUGCAAGGGGAGAGGGAGGUAGACCAGGGGGACGAGGAAGGUCGUACUCCCCUGGCCCUAGCGGCUCUCAGGGGCCACACUGACUGCGUCCACACCCUUCUCAGCCAGGGGGCCUCGCCACGCACCACGGACACCAACAGGGGACGCACCCCGGUACACCUAGCAGUGAUGAAUGGUCAUACGUCGUGUGUACGCCUCCUUCUGGACGACCAGGAUAGUGCAGACCUGGUGGACCCUACAGACUCUCAGGGACAGACUCCUCUGAUGCUUGCGGUGGCAGGGGGACAUGUGGACGCUGUGUCUCUGCUGCUGGAGAGAGAGGCUGCUGUAGAUACAGCAGACAACCAUGGCCUGACCGCCCUGCACCUCGGGUUGCUGUGUGGUCAGGAGGAGUGUGUUCAGUGUCUGUUGGAGCAGGAGGCCUCUGUGUUGCUGGGGGACUCCAGGGGCCGAACAGCCCUCCAUCUGGCUGCAGCGAAGGGCCAUGCAUCCUGGCUCGCUGAGCUGCUGAGUAUGGCCUGUUCUGAACUGCCCACGCCCCCCCUCCGAGACCACCAGGGGUACACCCCCCUGCACUGGGCCUGCUACUAUGGUCACGAGGGCUGUGUGGAGGUACUGCUGGAGCAGAAAGGUUGUCCCUGUAUCGAUGGGAACCCCUUCACUCCUCUGCACUGUGCUGUGGUGAAUGAUCAUGAACCCUGUGCCUCACUACUGCUGGAAGCCAUGGGAUCAGACAUGGCCAGCUGUAAGGACGCUAAGGAUCGGACUCCACUCCAUGCUGCAGCGUUCUCUGGUCAUGUGGACUGUGUUCAGCUGCUUCUGGCCCAUGAUGCACCUGUGGAUGCUGUGGACCAAUCAGGGCGCAGUGCGCUGAUGAUGGCUGCAGAGAAGGGAAGAGUCGGGACUGUAGAGGUGCUGCUGACCAGUGCCAAUGCCAGUCUGAGGUUGGUGGACCAGAAUGGUAACACCGCGCUCCACCUGGCCUGCAGUAGCGGAAAGGAGGACUGUGUACUAUUCAUCCUGGAGAGGCUGAAGGACACUGUUCUCAUAGGUUCCACCAACGCAGCACUGCAGACGCCCCUCCACCUAGCGGCCCAUAGCGGUCUGAAGCAGGCUGUCCAGGAGCUGCUGUCCAGGGGGGCCAGUGUUCAGACGUUGGAUGAGAACAGUUUGACCCCUGCUCUGGCUUGCGCUCCUAGCAGGGAGGUGGCUGACUGUCUGGCUCUCAUUCUGGCUACCAUGAUACCUUUCUGCUCCCAUUGCAGCUCCGGUGCGCCCUCCCCAGGUUCCCUCCUGAGAGCCCUACCCAGGGAGGGGAAAAGCUCCCAUGGCCCUCGCAGCCCCAAGGCCCCCUCGGACCCCUCUAGCGAGGGCAGUGCCAGUCAGGGCGCCACUGAAAACGACUCGGACUCAGAAACCUUUUGACCCCUAUGACCUAUGACCCUGACUCUUAUCAGACUACCUGGAUGCCUGAAGAUCAGCACUCUCCCACCACCCGACCACCCCUGAUUCCUUGCUCGUGUCCCAGAGCAGAACCUCUCCGUGGGGCUUGUACAGGACUUUGUUCCCCCUAAAGGCUGGAGGGAUGGAGCUUGACCCCUAACCUAACUGUGAUUCUGUCUGCUGGUGCUUCUUUUCCAGAUCACUCUUGGUACUGCAUCUCAGCUUGGCGAUCAAUGACAGGCUGAUACCUUUUUUGAUUUUUCUUAUGAAAAGAGACCCAAGGAUGAAGAAAAGUAGAAUUGUAACCUUUUCUCUUUUGGUUGGUUGAUGUACCAAAUAUUGACUUAACAUAAGUAUUUAUGUUGAUGUUUGUGUCUGGGUAGCCUAGGUAUGCAUUGAAAGGUACGCCCUGCUCUGUCUAUCUGCCCAGUGAUGUGAGUAUAGCACAAACCAACUGAAGCACAAUUCCAGAAUUCACUUAUAAGCUUAUUAUAGAGACACCAGGUAGAAUGCUUUCCUCUAGUUACAGUGUAUGUAUAGUCAGAGAAUCGCCUUUAUGCAAAGAAGUGGCAUCAUUUUCAACCUCGUGUUCCCACACCAAUAGAAAUAUGACAUUGGGCACCGAAUUGUUCCUGAUCCUAUCACGUGGUCAGUUAGGAAACUUCUGUCCCUCGUGUUACAGGUUCAUAGCGUUUCAGUAAAUUACAUGCCCAGGUACAAUAUGUCAGAUCAGGUCUCCAGUGAAAAGGUUGACACCUGUAUGGUAUUUAUUCACAUUUAUAUUAUGGUACAAAGGACAGCAGGACCUUGCUCACUCUUCAUUUCCUCUAACCCUCCAUCCUUGUUUACCGUCUGUUGGCUACCUACCUGCAAUGUGCCAGUCUCUUAAACGUGUCCAGUGCCUUGUUACACCUUUUAUAUACUUUUUAAAAUUUAAAUUCUCCCCCAAAAAGUGUAUCCCCUAACGCAGGGUUCUCCAACCCUGUUCCUGGAGAGACACUGUCCUGCAAGUUUUCACUCCAAGCUUAAUCAAGCACACCUUAUUCUAAUAAUUAGCUGGUUGAUAAACUGAAUCAGGUUAGUUUCAAUUGGGGUUAGAGUGAAAACCUACAGGAAGGUAGCUUUCCAGGAACAGGGUUGGAGUGAAAACCUACAGAAGGGAAGCUCUCCAGGAACAGGGUUGGAGUGAAAACCGACAGGAGGGAAGCUCUCCAGGAACAGGGUUGGAGUGAAAACCUACAGGAGGGAAGCUCUCCAGGAACAGGGUUGGACAGUCCUGCUCUAAUGAGUAUCUUGUCACUUCUAACCCUAAAAAAGAAACUCAGUUAUGGUCAGGCAUGCUUGUGUGUAUAUAUAUGCUUGCUACAAGAUGUCUGACGAAAGGAAGUUGGUUUCUACUUUUGUACAUACCGUGUCAUUGUAAUAACUCUACCCCAGAGCACACAAAGAAAGCACAAUGCCUCCGUUUCUAAAUGCUUGUCGUUGGAACUAAGAAACGGGGAGUUUCAGUUCUGUCCCAAAUGGCAAGCUAUUCCCUACAUAGUGCACUACUUUUGACAACAACCCUAGGGGCCCUGCUCAAAAGUCAUGCACUGUAGGGAAUAGGGUGGCAUUUUAAAUGCAGAUGGUCUGUCCGUAUUACAUCAGUCGUGACAAUCAGUGUUUGAUAGAUUUUCAUACCAGUUCCUGAUUCAGUAUGAAAUGCUGAAGGUUGUUUGUCAGCUUCCCUUUGUUUUAUAUGAAUUGUACAAUUCUAUAAAAAUCUGUUUUAAUUUA